CUUCCUCUAGAGGGAGCUGAUUGGAGCAAGCGCGGCCCCGCACCUCUAUGAUCUGCAGCUCUGCGCGGGUCCUUCGGCCACGGGACAAGCUGAGGCGGCAUCCAGACGCCGGGAAUGCACUGACUUCCAUUCCUGGAAGCCGGGCCUGGGCAGGCAUCCUGCCCCAGAGAGCAGCCGCUGGCCCCUUGGGAUCCCAGGCCUCGUCCCUGCUGAGCCAUCCCCAGUCUAGGCCAGGCUCCGCGCAGGCUGACGCUGUCCUCCACUAGAACCUGAAAAAUGGCAUCUGGGCAAGGCCCGGGUCCUCCCGGGCAGGACUGUGGAGACUCUACUCCACCCUCCACUUCUGAGGUGCAGGUAGCCAGGGACGCGGAGGAUGUUUUCCGCAGUUACGUCUUUUACCGCCAUCAGCAGGAGCAGGAGGCCGAAGGGGCGGCCACACCCGCUGACCCGGAGAUGGUCUCCUUGCCCCUGGAGCCUAACAGUGUCAUGGGGCAGGUGGGUCGGCAGCUUGCCAUCAUCGGGGAUGAUAUCAACCGGCGCUACGAUGUGGAGUUCCAGACCAUGUUGCAGCACCUGCAGCCAACACCACAGAACGCUUCCCAGUACUUCAUCAAGAUUGCCUCGAGCCUGUUUGAGAGCGGCAUCAACUGGGGCCGCGUGGUGGCUCUCCUAGGCUUUGGCUAUCGCCUGGCCUUGCACGUCUACCAGCAUGGCCUGACUGGCUUCCUGGGCCACGUGACCAGCUUCGUGGCAGAUUUCAUGCUGAAGCACUGCAUCGCCCGGUGGAUUGCACAGAGGGGCGGCUGGGUUGCAGCCCUGGACUUAGGCAAUGGUCCCAUCCGGAAUGUGCUGAUAGCUCUGGCUGUGGUUCUGUUGGGCCAGUAUGUGGUACGAAGAUUCUGGGAUCCCAGAUGAGACUCUUGCAUGAAUGUCAAGCCUUCCUCCCCUCCCCUCCCCUCCCCUCCCC